GUACAAUUGUAUUUACAGCGUAAGUAAGAACUCUUUUUCUAUCUCGUUUGCUUAACACAUAGCAUGGAGUACGAUUACUUAUUGCUUAUCUCCGGGAAUGUCCAAUUAAUUAUUUGAAAAAGUUUGGUCACUUUUGAGGUUUAGUGUUUCUUUGGACCAAGAAAAUAGUCUAAACUGAACAAAAAUGAGUGAUAAUCCCGAACUGAUCUCCCAAUUCACUGCGAUAACAGGUGUUGACGAAGACAGGGCAAAGUUUUACUUAGAAUCUUCGGCCUGGAAACUCGAUGUGGCUAUCAGCAGAUAUUAUGAAAAUGACGGUGGUGAGAUAAGUGAGGACAAUACACCAGACCAGCCUUCCGAAUCAGAGCAGUCCCACCAAGCGGCGCCUCCGCGGCCAAAAUCAAAAACCACAAAUUCGAACUUUGCCACUUUAAACACCUUAACAACCUCGAGUGACGAGGAGGAAGAAGAGGGUCAAGCGUUCUAUGCGGGCGGGUCUGAGCACAGCGGCCAGCAGGUUUUAGGGCCUUCCAAGAAAAAAGACAUUGUCUCAGGGAUGUUUAAAUCCGUGCAAAAACAUGGGGUAGAGAUAGUUGAUCAGAAACCAGGGGGCUCGAAACUUUUCAAGGGCAAGGGGUACAAGUUGGGGCAAACGGCUGAUGAUUCUGAGGAGGUUGAGGGGGCUGCUGGGCCGGCGCCUUCACCUGAAGUCACUUUAAAGCUCUGGAAGGACGGUUUUACGGUGAAUGAGGGAGAGCUGAGGGCUUACACUGAUCCUGCAAAUACUGAGUUUUUGCAAAGUAUUCAGAGGGGCGAGAUUCCGCAAGAGCUGCGACAAGGCAAUACUGAGGUUUAUCUAGCAAUGGAGGACCACAGAAUGGAAUCUUUCAAACAGGUUGAUAAAGGGGUUAAGCCGUUUACAGGACAGGGGUACACUUUAGGUAGCCCUGCGCCCCCUGUGGUCGGAGCACAAAGAGAAGAGGAUAAACCAGCCAAUGAAGAACGUGCUAAACAAGCUUUAAAACUAGAUUCUUCCCAGCCAACGACAAAUAUCCAAAUUCGCUUAUCUGACGGUUCAAGACUUGUUGCCCAAUUUAAUCACACUCAUACUGUGGGAGACGUGCGUCAGUACAUCUUAACAGCCAGACCCCAGUACCAAACAAGAAAUUUCAAUCUACUGUCAGGGUAUCCAUCCCGAAUUUUGGAAGAUUCUCAAUCUCUAGCUGAAGGAAAUUUGCUUAAUUCUGCUAUUAUGCAAAAAUUAAUUUAAGUUAUUUGUGAAAUUCCCUUCAUGAUUGAAACAUAAUUUAUUAGGACAAUUUUUCUUUUGAUAAUGUACUAUUACAAACAUUAGAUAUUAAAAUUUCAAAAGUA